CAGGUCCUCCUUGGCCCCUCUGCUGAGCACACCGACCUCUGAUGCCCUGCGAUGCCCACGCCAAUUCCUCUGGCCCUCUGCCCACGUUCUCCUGGACCAACACCUCCAGGGGCAGCUGGCUGAGUGCUGCGGACGCUGCCAUGCCUGCCCAGUUCCUGGCCCUCAGGGUUCUGGUGGCCCUGGCCUAUGUGCUGGUGGGGGCCAUCGGCUUACUGGGAAACUUGGCCGUGCUGUGGGUGCUGGGUAACUGUGCUCGGCGAGCCCCUGGCCCUCCUUCCGACACCUUUGUCUUCAACCUGGCUCUGGCGGAUCUGGGGCUGGCGCUCACCCUCCCCUUCUGGGCAGCCGAGUCAGCCCUGGACUUCCACUGGCCUUUCGGAGGUGCCCUCUGCAAGAUGGUCCUGACGGCCACCGUCCUCAACAUCUACGCCAGCAUCUUCCUCAUCACGGCGCUGAGCGUCGCCCGCUACUGGGUGGUGGCCAUGGCUGCAGGCCCGGGCACCCACCUCUCGCCCUUCUGGGCCCGCGUGACCGCCCUGGCAGUCACCGCCUACCUGCGGCUGCUGGCCUUCCUGCGGCGGUGGCGGCGGCGGCGGCACGACAGCAGGGUCGUGGCCCGCUCUGUCCGCAUCCUGGUGGCCUCCUUCUUCCUCUGCUGGUUCCCCAACCACGUGGUCACCUUCUGGGGUGUCCUGGUGAAGUUCGACCUGGUGCCCUGGGACAGCACUUUCUACGCCUUCCACACCUACGUCUUCCCCGUCACCACCUGCUUGGCACACAGCAACAUCUGCCUCAACCCUGUGCUGUACUGCCUCCUGAGGAGGGGGCCGCGCCGGGCGCUGGCCGACACCUUCCGGGGUCUGCGAGCCAGGCUGUGGCCCCAGGGCCCAGGCUGGGUGGAACAGGCAGCCCUCAAGGAGGUAGGCAGGCGGUGGGUGGCAGGCAUCCCCCAGGAGAGAGGCCCGUCGGCCAUGCUCGCCAACCUGGACAGAGACACCCCUGGGUGAAGGUGCAAGCUGAACUCUCCCCCGUCUGGGGUCUGCCGGGUGCAGGAUCUGCGCAUCCUCAGCCAGGCUGCAACGCUCUCAGGAAAGACUGGAUCCCCAAGUCCGGGUGCAGUUGAAGGGGGGAGGCCCUCAGGCGCAGGCUGGGUGUGACCAAGCUUGUCUGUUUGGAGGUGGGAAAGGAGAAGCUGAGAAUAAAUCUCUAGGUUAUCCACAACUUGUCUGGAUCGUUUAUCCCAGUUCCGCUUCCAGCUCACUAGGACUAGAGCAACAAUUAACAAACCAAAAAUGGAGAGGCCAGCCCCUCCUGGUGUGUUUUGUAGGGCAGGGGCUCCCCUUGGCUCCCAUAUUCACGAGACCCAUCAAUAGCAGCCAGCAGGACUUCCUGGUGGUGGGGGGGUGGGGGCAGCUCCUGGACUGAGGGAGGAGACGGGAAGGAGAUGGAGCUCCCAAACCCACCCAGCGUUCUGGUGUGUCUUAACCCCGGAGGACACUGGCCAAUCCCAGUCCGGAGUGCCUCCUCAGUGGGAGCCCUGCUGGAAGGGAAGCCACGUUGCCCACGGGGUCCCUCGCCCCAUGCCAUUCAGCAGCUGAGCGGGAGGCGCUAAAGCAGCACCCUUCAGAACACAUUAGGCAAUGCAGAAUGGCUUAAUUGGCCUCUUGACGUUUAAUUUCCUCUUUCUGAUAAUGUUUAAACUGGUUCCUAGACUCCAGGUCUGUUCCCAUCCUGACUCAGGACGGAAAAUCCUCCCCCACCAAAGCACCCUCUUCUCGCCCCCAGCAGCUUGACUGCCAGGCUCCGGAUAUUGGCUCCUCUGGGGGCACAUCUACUUUAUGGGACCCGGAGGUAAAUAUUGCCUGUUUGUACAGGUCCAGAGACCAUGAGUGUGCACAGAACUACCCUUGGAAGGGUGGGCAAGGGAGGGGAGGGGUGCAGGGAGGGAGCAGGCCCUGGCACCCAGCCCGCAUGCCUCUCAACUAGGAAUGGAAAGAGGGCAACUAUGGGGAGAAGCUGGGCCCUGGCUCCUGGACCGUAAUACCAGAGAGCUUUGAAAAGGUGGGGCUUGAAGAUAGGUGGUAGGUGGCAUGGUGAUUAAGGCACUGGAUUUCCACACAGCCAUAGUUCGAGUCCUGAACCCGGCAGUUUGAAA